AUGGUGUUCCGGAGGCUCUGCUUCUCCAUAUCCAAAUACCACGCAAUCCCUUCACUCUCUCCCCUCAAAUUCACAGUCCCCUUUCCCAAUUCUCGAUCUCCGCCAAUCCAUCCGUCGAACUCCAAAACCCUAAAAUUAGGGUUUCGGAGACCCCUGCUGGCGAACCCGAACACCCCUGCUUCAUUCUACUCCACAAGCACCACAAUGGACGACGCCCCAACACCUUUGAUCCCGCACCCGGCUCACGCUGGCCGGGCCGAGGUUUUCCGGGCCCUCGAGGCCUCCCUGGGCACCUCAUUCAGCUCGGACCCCAUAGUCCCGAACCCUAGCCCCCUCAUCAUCGUCGUCAGCGGGCCCAGCGGCGUCGGGAAAGACUCCGUCAUCAACCGGCUGAGGGAAAUCCGACGGGACCUCCACUUCGUGGUCACGGCCACCAGCCGGCCCCAGAGACCCGGCGAAGUUGACGGGAAAGACUACUACUUCGUGACGAAAGACGAGUUCUUGAAAAUGAUCGAUAGGGAGGAGCUGUUGGAGUACGCGUUGGUGUACGGAGAGUACAAGGGAGUCCCGAAGCAGCAGAUUAGGGAUUAUAUGGCUAAAGGGUGUGAUAUUGUGUUGAGGGUGGACGUGCAGGGUGCAGAGAGUUUGAGGAGGGUUUUGAGGAGUAAUGCAGUUUUUGUGUUCUUGGUGGCAGAGAGUGAGGAGGCUUUGGUGAAAAGGUUGAUAGGUAGGAAAACGGAGACGAGCGAGGCUUUGCUGACGAGGGUUGCAUCGGCUAGGGAGGAGUUGAGGCAUCUCAAGGAGUUUGAUUAUGUGGUUGUGAAUGAAGAGGGCGGAAUGGAGAGUGCGGUUGGAUUGAUUGACUCCAUCAUUGAUGCUGAGAAGGCCAAAGUGAAUCAAAGGAGGGCUGCUGUUUAG